GUUGUUUUCUUUCUGAAACUCUUGCUGGCUCAUACAGCAGUGCUGCAAAGCUUAAGCAUUCAGUAAAGAAUUGAAGAAAUACUGUAAAGAGAUGGAGCUUGACAAAGACCUCUGUAUUAAGAUGAAUGAUGGGAACAAAAUUCCUGCACUAGGAUUUGGUACCUAUUGUCCUGAUGACGUUCAAAAAAGUAAAUGUGAGGAGGCUACAAAGGUGGCUAUUGAAGUUGGCUUCCGCCAUAUUGAUGGAGCCUUUAUAUAUGGGAUUGAGGAGGAGGUUGGGCGAGCCGUUCAUGAGAAGAUUGCAGAUGGAACAGUCAAAAGAGAGGACAUAUUUUACACAGGAAAGCUUUGGAGUACCUUUCACCGUCCUGAACUUGUCCGAAGCUGCCUGGAACAAUCACUGAAGAAACUUAAGUUUGACUAUCUUGAUCUCUUCAUUAUCCACAACCCCAUGUCUCUAAAGCCUGGGACAGAUCCACUCCCAAAGGAUGAAAAUGGAAAAUUCAUUUUCGAUGUUGUAGAUCUGCGUCAAACUUGGGAGGCCAUGGAGGCAUGUAAAGACGCAGGCUUGGUGAAGUCCAUUGGAGUGUCCAACUUCAACAUCAGACAGCUGGAGAUGAUCCUGAACAAACCAGGGCUCAAGUACAAACCUGUUCUCAACCAGGUUGAAUGUCACCCUUACCUCAACCAAGGCAAACUACUGGCCUUCUGCAAAUCCAAGAAUAUCCUCCUCGAAGCCUAUUGUGUUCUGGGAUCACAGAGAGACAAGAAGUGGAUAGACCAAAGCACCCCAGUUCUGCUGGAGGACCCAGUACUGGGUGCAAUUGCCAAAAAAUACAACCAAAGCCCCGCUCUAGUAGCCCUGCGCUACCAGCUGCAGCGUGGUAUCGUGGUCCUCUUUAAGAGCUUCACCAGAAAGCAUAUUGAAGAAAACUUGCAGGUUUUUGAUUUCCAGCUCUCUGAGGAGGACAUGAAAACCAUUGAUGGGAUGAACAAAAACCGUUCCUAUGUGCAUUUAGAACAAUUUUUGGGCCACCCUCAGUUUCCAUUUAGGGAUGAAUAAUGGAAAGGAUCUUUUCACUGUUUCUGAUUUUAUUUUACGCAUAAGGAAAAUCAGACAUACAUUUCAUCUCCGUGCCCCAUUCCUGUGAUUAGCCCUAGAGAGGCACCCUGUUCUGGAAGCCCACCUUCUGCUGGUGAUGUCAAGAGAUUUACACUGUACAUUUAAACAGAAAUUCUAAUCAACUCAGUCUCUGAAUGGAACGGCACUUCAUUGCUAAUUGAGAAAAAUAAAGGUGUCUGUGUAAUGCA